UCCCUGAGCGUCUAUGCUUCCGCUCCACUCCAGCGUGUGUUGUGAAUCUGCAGGAGAGUUAGUGGUUCAAAUGCAGUAAACAUAACUGAGUAAGAACUUAAUUUAAUCGCUUUUGCAUUUAGCGUCUAUUACAAAUGCCCUAAAGCAGACAUUCAAGCGAUUUGUUUGCUGUUGAUGCAGUUUGGCGUCCUGCAUUUCAGGCUUUUAGGGUCUGCGUUAGCAGCAACACGGCUAACAAACAGAGGGCUAAAGAGCACAGAAUGGAGGAAGGUCAGGAUUUUUCCCUCGAUGGGAAACCCGUUGUAUCCGAAGUUAACCUGAGGGAUGAGUACUUUUGGAAGCUUGUGUCGGACUUCGUCGGCCCCCAGUCUGGCGAGGGUUUGGACCUGGACCCGUCGGCCUGCAGGAACAGAGUCUUGAUUCAAGUGGGACUUCUUAGAGAGGACAAUAACUUCCCUUGGUUAGCCAUCGUAGGCUGGCUGAAGAAAAUCUUUCCCGCUCAUCAGUCGGCCGACUUCCGGCGCCUGAUCGAAAGGGGCGUGGCCACGACGUUGAGCCUGCGGGGUCCAGCCAGGCUCGGCUUCCUGGACUCGCAGGUCAACUUCAACUUCGUGGGGCCCAUUUGCGACAGCAUCGGCGUGGAGCGGCAGCACCUCCUGGAGCUCCGGGACUUCUCUGAGCGGGCCCAGUCCAUCGAGGUCACAAACGGGCUCAUCCUCGAGCUGGUCAACUUCGUCAACAGGGAGAAAAUAUCCCCCAUCGUCAUAGUAACCUGGCUGAGGAACUUCAACCCAGAGUUCUGCAAGAAGGGCGACAUCCAGAAGGCCUACAAGCACCUGAAGGGCCGGAUAAAGAAGCUGAGGGUGCAUUUCCUAAACUAUGAAACCAGGAGCCACCGGAGGAACACGGCCAUGGAAACCCUGCUGCAGACGCCCUUCGAGCUGGUCAAGAAGAAGACCCCCAAGUUCUUUGUGAGGAAACGGCCGAGAAGGGACGACGCCGGCAGCUGUGGGAGAGAGAGCGAGAGCCCGGAGGCGGAGUCCAGAACGGCGUCGGGCGGCGCCGACAGCGAGGAGGAGGAGGAGGAGAUGGGGGGCGUAGGGGAGCCUCUGACCCUGCUGGACAUGGCCAUGCUGUCUGUCCAGAAGCUGUCCAGCGUGUAUGGCGGGAAGACGACGGCCUGCCGGCAGGUUUCCCUGGACCUGCUGCGCAACCAGUACGCCCUGACCUGCCGGGAGCACCCGGCCAUGCUGGCCUUCGAGCAGCAGCUGGGCGCCGCGCGGCACGCCGGCGCCCAGCUGCUGCCGCCCGUCCGGUUCCUCCACCAGAACGCCUGCUUCCUGGUGGACGUGCACGACGCGCUGGAGCGGCUGGUGGCCGGCUUCGAGGGGGAGGUCAUCCGGCUGAGGGGGGAGAAGCUGGGCCGCGACCGGCUGCCGCACUUCCAGGGCUUCGUCAGCCUGCAGGAGAGCGCCACGCAGCGCUACGUGCUCAUGGCGGCCGAGCUGCUGGGCCCGCGGGCGCCCGGGAGGCAGAGCUUCCGGCGCCACUGGCUGGAGUUCUGCCAGGAGAAGGGGAACCCGUCCCGGCUGGCGUCGAGCCGCUCCAACCGCGUGGCCGGCUUCUUCGAGGCGGCGGCCGGCCUCACCCACCACCACCGGGAGGUGGGGCUGUUCCUCUCCGACCUGCAGUCGAUGGCCGCCGACGGCUGCCCCAACGCCGUGCUGGAGAGCGUGGCGGCGGACGCCGGCGACGGCGCCAUCCAGAGCUUCGUGUGCGUGCUGGCCGUGGUCCACUGCAAAGUGCUGGGCCCCUACUGGCAGCUGCUGAGCGGCGGGGGCGAGUACGCGCUGUUCAGCCGGCGCCUGCUUGGCCUCUACCAGAGGUUCCUGGACUGGUCCAAAGACCCGUCCACGCUGCUGGAGCCCGAGGACGCCACCGACGUCUUCCAGCAGCCGCCCCUGCAGGAGCAGCGCUUCCAGGGGGUGUUUGAGUACUGCGGCCAGUGGCACACCAACAGGGACCUGAUCAGGGCCUGUCUGAAGAGGGCCGUCAAGGCCAUAGCGGCCGUCACCCAGCAGCACCUCGGGGACUUCCUGCCGGGAGGGGCCUUCUCCGGGACGCCGCCAGGGGACGCCAGCCAAAAGCUGGCGGGCUGCACCUUCUCGGUUCUGAUGGCCGAGUACCCCUUCGGCCACGCCAGUCCCUACAAGAUGGCCGACGGCUCCCCGGGGAAGAAGCUGUCCGACAGCUCCCAGGAGGACGAGUCCGCCUCCGACUCCUCGGGCAGCAGCUCCGAGGAGUCCUCCAGCCAGCCGGCGAAGAAGAGCCCCCAGACGAAGAAGGCCAGGCGGGUCUGUCGGGAGGAGCGCGAGGACAUCAUGGACAGGGAUUACAUCGUUGCCACGGUGACCCGCAACGGGGGGCCCUGCAAGACCAGGCAGGACGUGGACAAGAUGAUGCUGCGUCUGGAGGGGAAGUCGCGCUGGGAGAAGCGGGAGGGCGUCCGCUGCGAGCUCCUCUACCAGAAGAUGGUCCUGGGCAACGCCAGCCCCCACCUGAGCGGCGAGCUGUUCAGCAGCUCCCAGAUGGCCAUCAAGCUGAAGUUUGCCCUUCCCCGAGUCAAGCCCGGCUACUCCCUGGUGCUGGCGCCCAAAAAGUCCACAGCCAAAGCGGCAGCAGCGGCGGCGGCGGCGGCAGCAGCAGCAGCAGCAGCGGCGGCGGCGGCGGCGGCGGCUGAGCCUCCAGCAGACGCCGACCCGAAAACGUGA